UUGCAUUAGAAAAUGCAUCCAUAUGAGGCACUUUGCCUUCUGUUAAAAUUUUAAACCAUCAUCAUCCAGUGUUCUUCAUGGCUUUAUCCAAGAUUUUUCCUUUUGCCUUAAUUCUUUGUUGUUCUUUUUAUCUGAUAUCCGGCCAACGACAAUUUGAUUACCCAACUGCAAAUCUUUCUACAACUUGGAUCAACAGUAUUUCUGCACCCCAUUCAAUUGAUUUCACUGAUGGCUCAAAAAUAAGGGCCAUACUACUCAGAGGAACUUUUGGUCCAAAAUAUGCUUGUGGUUUCUACUGUAAUGGCAAUUGUGAGAGUUACCUCUUUGCUAUCUUCAUUGUGCAAACCAACAGUGCUUCCUUUAUUACUUCUCCCUCGAUUGGAUUCCCACAAGUUGUUUGGUCUGCUAACAGGAACAAGCCGGUUAAGAUCAAUUCUACGUUGCAACUUACAGCAGAUGGAGACUUAGUGCUCAGAGAUGCUGAUGGUACUUUGGCAUGGUCAACAAACACUGCUGGAAAAUCUGUUGCUGGCUUAAGCUUGACCGAUGAGGGAAAUCUCGUACUGUUAGAUUCCAAGAAUGCAACUGUUUGGCAAUCUUUCGAUCACCCAACCGAUGCUUUAGUUCCAGGGCAGAAGUUAGUGUCUGGAAUGAAGCUAACCGCAAGUAUUUCAAGAACAAACUGGACUGAUGGAGGUUUUUUCUCCUUCUCUGCUACCGAUGAUGGUUUGGUUGCUUUCAUAGAGACGAAUCCUCCUCAAACAUACUUUUCAAGAAAUGUUGGUGGAUUGAAUCCUAGUGGAGGCCCCAGUUAUGCUAUGUAUUUGAAUGGAAGCUUAACUUUCUUCACAAAUUCUAGUGAUACAACUGAGUGGAUUCUGGUGUCUAUUACUCCAGCAUCCUCUGCUCAAUAUAUGAAACUUGAGUCAAACGGACACUUGAAAGUGUAUGAGUGGCAAAGUCGGUGGAAAGAGGUGGAUGAUCUCCUGACAGGCUUUCACGGAGAGUGCAAUUACCCCACGGUCUGUGGAAAAUACGGCAUUUGCACAAUGGGACAGUGUAGUUGUCCCACAAGCUCUAAUUCAACUACCUAUUUCAGACCGAUAAAUGUUAGGCGGCCUGAUCUUGGUUGCUCUGAGGUUACAAGACUGACUUGUAAUGAUAAGAAAAAACACAGACUUUUGGAAGUUGAAGAUGUGGACUAUUUCGCGUUUGAGGCUGAUAUUAGUGACACGGAUGUGAAUACCUGUAAAAAUGCAUGUUUGAAGAAUUGUUCCUGUAAAGCUGCGUUCUUUCGUAGUGGUUUAAAUUCUUCCAGGGCCACCGCCAGGGGGGAAUGCUACCUACCGACCGAGAUCUUUUCACUAAUGAAUAAUGAGAAGGACAAGACCAGAUAUGAAUCCGUUGCGUUUAUAAAAGUACAGGUUGGAGGAAAAAAAGAUGGCGUUUAUGAACAAAACUUAGCCCGUGGGAGGACAUGGGCGGAAAAUUAGCAAAUUAUGCGCGGGACAGAAUAAGAGCAUGUGAGGCAUGAAUUGGGGGAAGGUGGAAGUAAAUAAAUAAUUGGUUCGAUAAGCCAAAUUAGUUAGGUUCUUGCGCUUAAGAGUUCUCUGUAUCCCUUUUUCAUUCUCAGUGUCUCAUUUCACUCUUGCUAUCAUUAUUAGUAAUUUCGAUUUGGCAGCCUAUAAAUAAAGACAAUCUAUCUUUUUAA